AUGAGCCCGUGCGACGAACAAGAGCCGAUCGCCAUCAUUGGCACUGCCUGCCGCCUGCCUGGAGAGGCAACAUCAGUGAGGAGACUAUGGGACAUGAUUAGCCAUGGCAGAAGUGCACAUAGAAAGGUGCCAUCUUCGCGGUGGGAUGCAGAUUUCUGGUAUCAUCCCGACCCUGAUCGUAAAGGAUCUAUUAGUGUGAAGCACGGGUACUUCCUGGAGCAAGAUGUUUCCGUCUUUGAUGCGCCAUUUUUCUCUAUGACUGCCAAGGAGGCAGCUGGAAUGGAUCCAAUGAAGAGGUUGUUGCUGGAAGUCAGUUACGAAGGAUUCGAGAAUGGUGAUAUAGCGGGGAUUGCAGUGGGCGAUCUGACGAAUUCUCAGACGGGAGUCUACGUUGGCUGUAUGACAAGCGACUACGAACAACUUUCAACCCACGAUAUUUACGACGUCGGAGAUGUGGCGGCAUCUGGGAUGAGUGAAGCGAUGACCGCGAACCGUGUUUCUUGGUUUUUUGGACUUCGUGGACCUAGCCUCACCCUCGACACAGCCUGCUCAUCGAGCUUAUACGCACUGCACUUGGCUUGCCAGUCACUUAAACUGGGCGAAACCAACAUGGGUCUGGUCGCUGGCGUCAACUUGAUCUUGCAUCCGAAUUUCAUGCAUCAACUGUCCUCGAUGCACAUGCUCAGUCCCGAGGGCAUCUCACACUCUUUUGACCACAGAGCCAAUGGUUAUGGGAGAGGUGAGGGAAUCGCAUGUAUAGUGGUCAAAAGAUUGAAAGAUGCAUUGCGCGACGGAGACACCAUUCGAGCCGUCAUUCGUGGCACCGGUACCAACGCAGAUGGCAAGACGCCGGGAAUAACGCAACCUAGUGCUGAAGCACAGGCCGAACUUAUCCGGACUACCUACGAGAAGGCCGGGCUCUUGUUCUCAGAUACGCAGUAUUUCGAAGCUCAUGGCACGGGCACACCACUGGGUGACCCCAUUGAACUGUCAGCCAUCGGCGCAACGCUUGGCUCCGGGCGCUCGCCGGAGUCUGGCCCCCUCUACGUCGGCAGCAUUAAGGCCAAUGUGGGACACACUGAAGGCUGCUCAGGCCUUGCUGGUCUUCUGAAGUCGGUCCUAUGCUUGGAGAAGGGAAUGCUCGUUCCGACAGCCGGCAUCGAGUCGGUGAACCCGAAGUUGAAGCUGGCUGAGUGGAAUCUGGCUUUGCCUCUAGAGAACAUGGCGUGGCCUUCGCAGGGUCAGCGACGUAUCAGCGUCAACUCCUUCGGUUUCGGAGGUGCCAAUGCCCACGUUAUUCUGGACGAUGCAUACAACUACCUGAGAAACCGGGGCCUCCAAGGAAAUCACACUACCAGCACUUUUGAAGACGACUCUUCUGAAUCGGGCAUAAGCAUGGGUUCCGACUCACCUCGUCAAGUAAACAACAAGCGACUCUUCACUUUCAGCACACGAGACCAAGCUGCGGUAGAGCACCUGGCUCAAUCGUACGAGGAUUUCCUAUCGGACAAGGAAGCGACUUCGAGUUCGAGGUUUUUAUCCGACCUUGCCUACACGUUGUCGGCGCGGCGGACUCAUCUCGAAUUCCGCAGUUUCGCAGUGGCAGAAUCUGUCCUAGAUCUGCAGAACCAGCUCAGCAAAGGCCUCACGAAGUCGAAAAGAGCUUCAAAACACGACAAUCCAAUCUUUGUGUUCACCGGCCAGGGAGCGCAGUGGCCCACGAUGGGCAAAGAGCUACUCAACAACUGCAUAUUCCGGACAAGCAUUCAUCGGUCACAGGUCCUUCUUGAACACUACGGUUGCCCAUGGGACUUGAUAGACGAGUUAUCUCGGUCCAUCGAAUCAAACGUUGACCUCCCUCAGUACAGCCAAGUGCUGUGUACAGUUCUCCAGAUUGCCCUGAUUGAUUUACUUCGAGAGUGGGGAGUGAAACCUAGAGCAGUUGUUGGGCACUCUAGUGGUGAGAUCAGCGCUGCAUAUGCAGCUGGACUUCUAUCCCGUUGCAAUGCGGUAAAGAUUGCAUAUCUUCGAGGAAUUUGCUCAGCAAAGGUGGCCAACAAUGUUGCUCCUCGAGUAGGUGCCAUGGCAGCUGCUGGACUAUCCGAAGAAGAGGCUUCCAAGUACAUCAAACAAGUACCACCCUGUUCUGUGGUGAUAGCUUGUGUCAAUAGCCCUUCAAGCGUAACCUUGUCAGGCGACCAAGACGCUGUCACGAAGUUGUGCAACGUUAUUUCCGCCGAUGGAAAGUUUGCAAGACUGCUCCGCGUCAAGACAGCCUACCACUCACCUCACAUGGCGACGGUCGCCCAAGAGUACCUUGCUAAGAUGGGCAGCAUCGUCCCUCUGGCUGGAGCUGAACAACUUUGUCCAAUGUUCUCAUCACUUACUGGGGAUACGGUCACCUCAAAGAAUCUCGAUGCAUCGUACUGGAUGAAGAACAUGUGCGACCAGGUUCGAUUCUCACCAGCGAUGACUGCUUUGCUUGACCACAAGCCAGAGACUACCCAGGGCCGGGGUCGUAAUCGAGUUCAGUGGAGCGCUUUCAUCGAGAUCGGCCCUCAUGGAGCUCUACAGAGCCCAGUAUCCGAGAUCGUCAAGACAAGCCAGGGCAGCACCGCAAAAGAGGCACCUUAUUUCUCCGCCAUCGUGCGUAACAAGGAUGCAGAGAUCACAGCACUACAGCUUGCUGGUCAGCUUUGGAGUUCGGGCCACAGCAUAAACCUUUUGCGCGUUAAUGGCAUCUACCCAGAGUCUUUGCCACUCUCAUUGCCCGACUUGCCGUCAUAUCCCUGGAAUCAUACCAAGAGUUACUGGCAUGAGUCGUCGAUGGCCCGAUCAGCCAGAUUCCCGAGUGGCCCUCGAGCCGAUCUACUAGGGGUGCCGGUCGUUCUGCAAAAUCCAAUGGAGCCUCGCUGGCGCAAUUAUCUCCGCACUUCUGAGAACCCAUGGAUCGAAGAUCACAAGAUUACCGGGACCGUACUUUACCCUGCGGCUGGAAUGAUUGUGAUGGCCUUGGAAGCUGCACUUCAAUUGCAGGACACCUCGAGGAAACUAAAGGGCAUCGGAUUGCAAGACCUUAAAUUUGAGCGUGGACUCGUCGUGCCUUCUAGAGAGGAAGUUGUGCAGACGGAAGUGAGCCUGAGACCCGACGAAGCACGUCCGUCUAUGUGGAAGUUUGCUAUUUACUCUAUCUCUUCUAAAGACUCGUGGACUAAGCACUGCCAUGGAACCGUGGGCUUAGAGUACGAAAACGCAAAGGAGAGUGCUUUAGCUCCCUCUGAAGAGGAAUGGAGAGGGAUGACUGGCAUUUAUAAUCGCAUCAAGCUCAAUGCCGUGGAAGAUAUCGAAAUGGACUACUUCUACGACCAUCUUGAGUCUGUUGGUGUGGAGUACGGGCCAACUUUCAGGAAUGUGUUUGAAGCAGGUGCAGUCACCGGCGAGCACUGCGCCCACGGAUCUAUCAGCAUCCCAGACACCAAGUCUUCCAUGCCUUUCGACUUUGAGUGCCCCCAUCUGAUUCACCCGGCAACUAUGGACGCUAUUUUCCACCUUCUCUUCAUUGCCUUUUCAGAUGGAAGGCCACUACAGGAAGCUGCAGUACCCUAUACAUUGAAGCAUAUGUACAUUGCUGCAGAUCUACCCCAAGGCGAUGGUGGCACGUACAGCGGUUACGCCAAACGUCUUCAGACCAAUGGUCGUGAAACGUCUGGUGAUUUGAUCGUGUCCGACGAGCUCUGGAGCAGUCCCAAGUUGAUUGUCCGCGACUUUGCGUUGAGACAAGUGACGUCUUCACAAGAUUCUUCUUCCAGCGGUAGGACUGCGCGAAAGGUGUGUGCAAAGCUGAGAUGGAAGGAGGACAUCGAUCUCAUACGCCCCCUCUCAUCUCCUCUCGACUUAGACCGGGACUCUAGCGACCACAAGGAGCUUUUCCUCGAAGAUAAAGUUCUCGGGGCUCUAGCGGGACUGUUAGACAGGUUGCACCAUAAGAGGCCAGGCUACGAGAUGCUUGUCGUCAUGCACGAUGCUUCGGAUGGCUCUCGUCUCUUCUUGGAAGCGCUAUUAAACCUCUCUAGGGGAGCUCCAGGCAGAAAAGAGAAAGUUGUUCACGUCGUUACGACCUCGGAGUCAGCUGCACAUCUGGCCCAACAAUUAUCUUCAACCCAGAAUUAUCAGGUGGACACUCGGAGUUGGAAACCAAUGUCUCGUGAUGCAGCCCCAUUCUCAGAUGAAUCAUUUGACUUGAUCGUCAGCAUAAAGCCAACUGAACGCCAAGACACCUCCCAGGAAUACUCGACGCUAAUCGCACUGCAAGGCUUCAUACGAUCUUCAGGGAUUCUCUGCUUGGUGGGCGUGGAUGACAACACCUCAGUACUGGAUCAAGAUAUUGAGUCGAUGAUCCGCUCAGCAGGGAUAGAACCAGGCAAUUUCUUGUCGGACACGAGUCGCAAGAGAACGCUUCUGAUCGCAAAAAGGCCGAGUCUUUCGACCGUUGACUCUCUGCCAUAUGAAGUCUUUUUGCUGCACAGGCCAGAUCUCAACGCAUCAACUAGAUGUCUUGUCGAUACUCUGACCAAGAAGCUGACAUCGCUCAAUCGCGAAGUCACCUUGGCAUCAUUGUCAAACGUCGAUCGAUUGAAAGGAAAAUGCAUUAUUUCCCUGCUAGAGGUCGAGUCUCCCCUAGUAUAUAAUUGGAACGAUGAAGAUUUUGAACACUUCAAGCGUCUGGUUUCCAACGCCUCGCAAAUACUGUGGAUCACUCGCGGUGGUCUCCUAGAGAAUUGGAAGGAUGGGCUAGAGUUUGCGCCAACCCAAGGUUUACUACGGGUUAUGCGCACAGAAUAUUCCCAAGUCAAGUUGCCACAUCUUGAUCUGUCUAGAACCACUAGCUUGAGUGUGGAUGCCACUGCCAACAUCAUAACUGAUAUCUGGUGUAGCUCUGCACAAGGAGGCUAUGGUCAACUUGAAAUGGAAUAUGCCGAAUCCGCUGGUAAAGUGUUCGUGCCGAGAUUUGUCGAAGAUGAAAGCAUGGACGCAGACUUAGAAAGUCCAGAAAGGCACCUGGCGCCAGUGAAAGGGACUUUGGGCAGCAGAAGACAUUUGAUGCUGGUCCGAGAAGGUAGAAAUACUGUCUGGGUUGAUAGGUCGGAAAUGUCUCCGGCUCUUCUGGACGGGGGUGUUGAGAUCACAGUUGAAUAUGCCCUUGUGCAGGUCACGCCGGUGUCCGAAAAUAUCCCCGACACUCUAGUGUCCUCUGCGAUUAUUGGAACAGUAUCCGCGAUAUCGUCUCUCGAGGGGACUACAAGAGUUGGACAGCGAGUCAUCGCACUUCAUUCGGAGCCCUGCAGUACCACGGUCCACGUCCCCGAGUCGUUUGUCCGACCAAUAUCGUCAACUACAUCACCCGAAGAAGCUUUGACAACAUUUUCUUCAUUGUUCUCCGCGGGUUUUGCUCUUAUGGAGACAGCGAGACUCGAAAGCGGCCAGACCGUUCUCAUUCGUGGGGGCGACUCGCUGAUAGGCAGAGCAGCGAUCCGGCGAGCACAGCUGGCUAAAGCAGAAGUCUUUGUUACUGUCAAUGCUUCCACUGCGAUAGACAUUAUCGCAAAGGAAAUGGGGAUUGACCACGGCCAUGUUCUCAGUAACGAUUCUGGUCGUUGCAUGGCCGAGAUGAUUCGUCAAACUCAGAACCGAGGGGCGGACGUUAUACUAAAUUGCCAGCCUGGCGAAAUCUCUCCCAAAUGGGUUGAUUGUUUGUGCGACUUCGGAACUUUUAUCGACAUGGAGCCCAACGUAUCUGGGAGCGCUAUCCCCUUUGUUGCUUCGCGCCGUAAUAUCACUUUCGUUCGCGUGGACGUGUCUCAACUGGGAAAAGCAAAGCCGAAGCUCGCUGAACGUCUCUUUGACGAGACUUGUAAGCUCCUUGACACUGGAGAUUUGAUUCGACUGGAUCCUAGAUUUGUCAGAUCGCUUUCUGAUAUCAGUGAGACUGUGCCACGCGUUGACGAUGGCGAAGCGCCGAUCACAACGAUUCUGAAAUUUGACCCCUACGCUCAAGUUCUACUGCGCCCUUCCAAAUUGCCUGAACUAAAACUCAACAAGCAGGGAACCUACAUUCUUGCUGGAGGUCUGGGUGCACUAGGCCUCAAGAUUGCGGACGUCAUGUUCGAGCAUGGUGCUGGGCAUGUCGUGUUUCUCUCGAGAUCAGGAGGAGAGAAGAAUUCGACAGGCUUGGAUUCCUUCCGCCAACGAGGGCUGCCUAUUGACGCUUUCAAAUGCGAUGUGUCGAGUUCAUCUCAAGUCGAAGAGGUAGUUCGACGUCUUCAGACGCAAGGGCGACGUAUCCGGGGUGUAAUCCAAUGCGCAAUGGUGCUAGAGGAUACAAUCUUUGAGAACAUGACAUACGACCAAUGGCAAAGAUCAACUCUCCCCAAGAUUCAGGGCACAAUGAACCUUCAUCAGUCCACUCCCCGAGACGUGGACUUCUUCAUUCUCCUCUCCUCAAUCACUUGCGUCAUCGGGAAUGCUGCGCAGUCAAACUAUGCCGCAGGAAACACGUUCGAAGAUGCGUUUGCUCAUUUCCGUCGUAGCCAGGGCCUCGCUGCUACCGCAAUCGAUGUUGGGCUAGUAACCGACUCGGCCCACUUCACUGGCGACUUUGAUAUGGACGCCUACUUCCAAAUGUACGAGCAUCGGUGGAAUGGUCUGCAGACGACCCAGCCAGAGCUCGAUGCCGUCCUGAGAGCUGCUAUGCGAAGUCGGACAUCAGACGGUAAACCUAUUGAGCCACAGAUUGUUCUCGGUCUUGGUCAUUCAAUGCCGGUUAGUUCUUUAGCAGCGUCGUGGACCAAGGACCCGAAGUUCAGUCACCGGGUCAGUCUCGCCUUUGCCAGUGGCACGGGUCCGCUUGACGAACAGAAAACUGCUAUGGAACGGCUUGCUGAAGCGGAGACUGCUCAAGAUGCGGUGACUAUUGUGGAAGACGUUCUCCGAGGCUAUGCAGCACAGAUCAUGGACGUAGCGGCGACCGACAUUGACACGGAGAAGGCUUUCUAUGACUUUGGAGUCGACUCAUUGAAGGCUGUUGAGCUCCGGAACCGCGUAUUCCGCGAUGUGCAGAGCGAUAUUUCGGUAUUCGAGUUGUUGAGUCCUUCACCUCUGUCGAAGUUGGCGUUGGACAUUGUAGGCAAAAGCAAAUUUGCAAAUGAAUAGUAGAGAGGUGAAUAGGGAAGAAACAGGCUCAAAGCACGUAGAAUCAUGUUCUCUUUG